GGCAUUCGCUCGGCGCUCUUCGGCAGUCCUCGGCGAACCCGCAUCGCGAGCGGGUGUGACUGCGUUUCUUGCGUCAAACAUAAAACAUAAAUGUCAAAUUAAACGAUUACGUUAUAAAAAAGUGACAUGUGGCCCAGUGUGGCGUAAACAAACAAAAUAGCAUCACGUUUUGUAUAUCGGUAGUGGCUGUAUCGUAUUUAGAGGGUCAUUAUACUCGGAAUCGUGUGGCAAAAUUCUCAGUUAGGUUUCUUGUUCGUGAACGUGGUUUUACUGAAUGUUAUCCCAGGUGAUAAGAGACUCCUAGCGUCAAUGGGCUUUGCUGGGAUUAUAUGAAAAGUGAUGUGUUAUUAAAUAUGUUCUACUUAUUUUGAGUAAAAAUGGACCGCGUUGGUGGGGUAUGUCGGUUCGGUGGAGUAGUUUCGGCGGUAAAAACAAGGACUGGUCGUAGUAAGCGAAGAUCGACUGUAUCACCACCAAUUGUUGAAGAAUUACCAGAACCUCCGAGACGGGGCCUAGGAGCUAUCCUUGUGUUAGCUUGCAUAUUAGUCUACCACAAUUCUUUGUACUGUGGUUUUGUAUUUGAUGAUAUAAGUGCCAUUAAAGAAAACAGAGACUUGAGACCUCAGACGCCGAUCUCAAAUAUAUUCCUUAACGACUUUUGGGGAACUCCUAUUCAUAAGGAACAAUCACACAAGUCGUACCGUCCCCUGACGGUGUUGACAUUCAGAUGGAACUACGCUAUCCAUGGUCUGCAGCCAGCUGGCUACCAUCUCGUCAACCUGCUUUUGCACGCACUCGUAUCUCUACUAUACUACAGAGUAUGCGCAAUGUUUCUGCCAGAAUUCGCAAGUUUCGUGGCGGCCAUCUUGUUCGCUGUGCACCCAAUACACACUGAAGCUGUGACGGGUGUAGUCGGUAGAGCUGAGAUGCUGUCGUCUGUCUUCUUUCUUGGGGCACUGUUGUGUUACGCGAGGGCAGCUAGUAGGAGACGUUGCACUGACUGGCGGUAUGUGGCUGCGUGUACGGCGUGCGUGGGAGUGGCAAUGCUGUGCAAAGAGCAGGGCAUCACUGUCACAGCUGUUUGUGUUGUUUACGAGCUCUUUGUAGCACAGAAGCGCCGAUCGACUACUGGCCAAAAUUGGCUGGAGGUCUGGGGAAAAGGUGGCUGGGGCUGCGCAUGCGGCGAAGCUGCUAGAAGAAUCACAACUGUAUGCUUUGCGACACUCGCACUGCUAGCAGCCAGGCUUCACGUGAUGGGUGCUCAACUACCUGUCUUUACCAGAUUUGACAACCCUGCUGGUGCUGCUCUUCCACCAGCUAGGCAUCUGACAUUUGCAUAUCUACCAGCGUUAAAUGCAUGGCUACUGACCUUACCUGAAGCACUCUGCUGCGAUUGGACUAUGGGUACAGUGACUCUUCUCAAGUCGUGGCGGGAUCCGAGAAACAUCGCUACACUAGCACUUGGCACGUCACUAGUUGCGGGAGGGAUACACGCUUUGCGCACGCGCUCAUCGGCUUUAUCUAUGGGUCUAGCAUUACUGGUCCUUCCAUUCCUGCCGGCCUCAAACCUGUUCUUCCCAGUAGGAUUUGUGGUGGCAGAGCGAGUACUUUAUAUGCCUUCCAUGGGCUGGUGUCUUAUCAUCGCGCACGGAUGGAGACUUCUAGCCAAGAAGAGAGCUAUGCUGGCUGCUUCUACGCUUAUAUUUCUCUUACUUGCCUUCAGUGCCAAAACAUACGUACGGAAUUGGGAUUGGAAGACUGAAUACACCAUUUUUGCAUCUGGCCUUAAGGUUAACCGUAACAACGCAAAGCUUUACAACAACGUAGGCCACGCCUUAGAGGCUGAAGGGAGAUAUGGGGAAGCGUUAGAGUUCUUCAAAACAGCCGUCAACGUCCAGCCAGAUGACGUCGGAGCCCACAUCAACGUCGGCAGAACAUUCAACCACCUCGGAAGGUACCAAGAUGCUGAAGAUGCUUACGUACAGGCAAAAUCUCUCCUACCGAAAGCGAAACCAGGGGAAUCGUACCAAGCAAGAAUUGCUCCCAAUCAUCUAAAUGUCUUCCUGAAUCUGGCGAAUUUGAUAUCAAAGAACGCCACUCGAUUGGAAGAAGCGGAUAUGUUGUAUAGGCAAGCGAUUAGCAUGAGAGCCGAUUACACCCAAGCGUACAUAAAUAGAGGGGAUAUACUGAUUAAGCUGAACAGGACUAAGGAAGCACAGGAAGUUUACGAAAGGGCUCUGUUGUAUGAUAGCGGGAAUCCGGAUAUUUAUUAUAAUUUAGGCGUAGUCCUCCUAGAACAAGGCAAAGCUUCCCAAGCCUUGGCCUACCUCGACAAGGCCUUGGAACUGGAGCCGGAACACGAACAAGCGUUAUUGAACUCCGCCAUCUUGCUUCAAGAACUUGGCGCCGCCGAUUUGAGACAUCUCGCGAGAUCACGUUUGCUGAAGUUACUUGACAAAGAUUCUACAAACGAGCGCGUGCAUUUCAACCUAGGCAUGGUCUGUAUGGACGAAGGUGACGCAGAAUGCGCCGAACGCUGGUUCCGCGCAGCUGUUCACCUAAAACCCGACUUCCGAUCCGCGCUCUUUAACCUCGCCUUGUUGCUCGCCGAUCGGCGUCGGCCUUUAGAAGCCGCGCCGUUUCUGAAGCAACUCGUCAGGCAUCACCCAGAUCAUGUGAAGGCGCUCGUUCUUUUGGGAGAUAUUUAUAUUAAUUCUGUUAAAGAUCUUGAUGCAGCGGAAAGUUGCUACCGCCGCAUUCUCGAACUUGAGCCGGACAACGUGCAAGCCUUACACAAUCUCUGCGUCGUCGCGGUUGAAAGAGGAAAGCUCGCUAUCGCCGAGGAAUGUCUCACCCGCGCCGCCUCCCUCGCGCCCCACGAACACUACAUUCAGCGCCAUCUAGCGGUCGUGAGGGCGAGACGAGCGGCGGUCACCCCAACAAAUCCUGCGAAUUCCCCCACAAAUCCCCCCACAGAGGUCAAGGCGAGAUGGAAUUAUAUCCCCCAACAGCCCCCGGAUCCGCACGAAACUGACCCUUCAUAGCGAUACGGCGAUCAACAAUUUGCUACCAGGGUAUGAUUCUUUUAUGAGCUUUGCAUUUUUGUCGUUUGCUUUAAGUAAUUUGAAGGCCAUAAUAAAAAUAUUGUAAUAGAAACCUGAAAUGAAACAGAUUCGGUAACCCUUCAGUAAAAUGGAAGCUAUAUAUCCAUAUAUAGCUAUAUAUCGUAUUUGUGUGUAACUAGAACAGCGCUUCGUGGGCUUAUUUGAAACUAAAAUGCUAGAAUAUGUCAAUCGAAUAGCAGACUACAAAUUGUCAAAAUGUCAAGCUGCCAAAAACCAAUAUUACUUUGCACUAAGGGUACCUACUGAUAAACACCAAAAAGUUAACAAUCCGUUUCGAAAUUAAAAAAAACUCACAGUAAUUACUACCAGAAUAGCGCGUUUAAUGCUUUGCUACAUAAAACUUAACUUGAAAAUAUGAUUGUUUUUAGAACAUAUAUACUUGGAAACAAUUGCCCCAUUUUAUAAUGAUUAAACUAUGAGAUGAUUAGUAUUUUGCAUUUCGUGAUAUUUAUUGCAUUUAGAUUUUGUACGUAGAUAUCGAAUGAGCUUUCUUCGUUAGCCAUUGUGUAUACGGUAUAACUGUAAUCUGUAAAGUAUCUAGUCACUUUAUUUGACAUUUUUCAAAAGGGCAUCCAUAUUAAAUUAUAUUUUUUUUUAUAUUUGUGCAAAAAUAUUUAUUUCAAACGAUGUCCUUUGUGUUGCGACUAUAAAAAUAUUUAUUCCAAAAAUUGUUCCUUUAUGUAUAAGUACUUUAAAAUUUAUUUUCGCAUAUUUUUAUAUCGUUUAGAUACAAAGUGACUGACACUUAUUAGUUUUAUGACAUUUAAUCCUUAUUUCCAUAGUAUAAGUUCAUACGUUGACAAUAUCGUUUCUAUUAUAUGUUCUGUGGCAAUUUUCUUAAUUACGUGGAUUACAGUCCAUAGAGUUUAUUUUAAAAUAGAAUCUAUUAUAAUAAUGUAGAUUGUGUAUGAUCACCAUUAUAAAUUUAAUUUCUGGAGAUUAAUGUGAUAUACCUAGUCCGUAAUCAUGUGGAAAGCCUAAAGUGAUUUCAAAAUUUAAAAUUUCACCGGCCUAGUCGUCCAUUUUAUACGUUAAUGUUAUGAAACCUUAAAAAAUAUGUAUCAAAUAAAAUUGCACAUUAUUGGAACAAAUAAAAUCCACAUCUAAUUAUUUAAUUUGAAAUAUGUUUUUUAUUUUUAAAAAUAUAACAUUCAUGUAUAAAAUGGCUUUCUUAAUGUAAUAUAUUUAUAGUAUUAUUUUCAUAAAACGCCAAUGUUAAAAUGAGGUGAUCGACCGUUAUUAGAAUAUGUAGAUGUGAAAAUGUAAUGUUGUUAAUGUUUUAAGAUACAAAGUAAUUUUGUAAAAACUGAAUUUUUUACAAUGUCUUGAAACAUUUCCGGUCGGAACUCCGACGGGAGUAGAACUCAUAAGGACCCCGAAUAUUAUAACUAUUUGUCGUCAAAACAUUUAUUUUUAUAAAAUAAAUGAUGUUUCAAAUUA